AUGCUAAUUCGUUACGUGACGAGGUUCACCGAGGAGACUUUUGCUUGUUUAAUCGCUCUCAUAUUCAUCUUUGAAGCCCACCAAAAAAUGUUUGAGAUCAACAGCAAUUACCCCGUCAAUCGACAGGGUAGCCGGUCUUUCAGAUGCAUGACGACCACCCUAAACCAAGUCGAACAGCGCCCCAUAGACGGAGAGGACGUUAACGAAACGAAUACCAACGUCAGCGGCGAUGGUGCCGGUCAGGGACUGUUCGUCACAAGCCAAAUAUCCGCGUCAGAAUCUCAAUCCUACCCCCACAUAGAACCGGCUGUCUUGUGGAAAGAGGCAGCCCGCGAGGUCAUGGUCACCAAUUCGACGACACUCCUCCAACUGAACGGGACGGAGGGAGACUUGGUCCCCACCGACUGCAGCAAUUGUGUUGAGGAAGGGUCUUAUGUACCAGAUGUUUUUCUUUUGUCUGUUUUACUCUUUUUAGGAACGUAUAUUGUGGCAAGAGGAAUAGAGAGGUUCCGAACGAGCGGUUUCUUCCCUCAGAUCGUAAGUCCAACCUAA